UCUCACUUCAUAUUCCCCUAAGUUUAUAACCAAACCAUUCAUCUCUCUCUCGGUGAUCAUCAUCUUCUGCACAUCCAUUUUUGUCUGAUCUCCUUCUUCUUCCUCGAUCUCCCUGUUUUCUUUUCUUACAGUCGACUAAAUUGGAUACACACAUAUGUUUAUAUAUGUGUGUGUACUAUUCCACAAGUCAAAGAAAAGGUAAAGCUGAUUUACAAGGGAUCUCAAGAUCAAAAGAGUUAAUUCCGUCGUCUCAACUUACACACAUAAAUAAUGGAAUCAGUGGAUCAGUCAUGUAGUGUUCCUCCAGGAUUCAGGUUCCAUCCAACAGACGAAGAGCUCGUUGGUUACUAUUUGAGGAAGAAAGUGGCAUCACAAAAGAUCGAUCUUGAUGUCAUUAGAGAUAUUGAUCUCUACAGAAUCGAACCAUGGGAUUUACAAGAAAGAUGUCGAAUCGGAUACGAGGAAAGAAACGAAUGGUAUUUCUUCAGCCACAAAGAUAAGAAAUAUCCAACAGGAACAAGGACAAACAGAGCGACCAUGGUUGGUUUUUGGAAGGCCACAGGUCGGGACAAGGCUGUCUAUGACAAGUCAAAACUGAUGGGUAUGAGGAAAACACUUGUAUUCUACAAAGGAAGAGCCCCUAAUGGCCAAAAAACUGAUUGGAUCAUGCAUGAAUACCGGCUAGAGUCUGAUGAGAAUGCGCCUCCUCAGGAAGAAGGAUGGGUGGUUUGUAGAGCUUUCAAGAAAAAACCAACGACCGGUCAAGCCAAGAACACGGAAACUUGGAGAUCAGGUUACUUUUACGACCAAUUACCGAGCGGAACUGGCUCGGGUAUGGAGCCUCUCAAUUACGUACCUAAGCGGAAACAAAACAUUUUUUCACAAGAUUUUAUGUUCAAGCAAGAAUUAGAAGGGUCAAAUAUCGGUUUAAACUUCAUCCACUGCGACCAAUUCAUUCAACUUCCGCAGCUAGAAAGCCCUUCACUUCCUCUUAUGCAGAGGCCAGUGAGCUCAACGUCAAUAACAUCACUGGAGAAAAAUCAUAAUAAAUUCAAAAGACCACUAACAGAAGAUGAUGAGAAGUUCAACGAGCUAAUAAGUAGCAAAAGGAAAGAUAAGAAGAAGAAAUCAUCAGUGAUGACAACGGAUUGGAGAGCACUUGAUAAAUUUGUUGCUUCUCAACUUAUGAGCCAAGAAGAUGGAUUUUCAGAUUUUGGUGUUCAUCAAGAAGACGACAACAACAAAACUGGUCAACGCAAUAACGAAGAAAGCAGUAACAAUGGUAUAGAUAUGCCUACAUCGUCGUUAUUGAGUGAUGGAGAAGAAGAGAACAGGUUCAUCAGCGGGCUCUUGUGUACGAAUUUGGACUAUGACUUAAUAUAGGGAUUUUUGCAUGUUUGAUAAAAGAUAAUGAUAUAGUAUGGUGUAACGUUUUUCUAUAUAGGUAGAAUAAAUUGAUAUAAUAUAACAUUUAUAAAAAUUUGUAAAAUA